AUGACUGGACGUGGAAAAGGCGGAAAAGGAUUGGGAAAAGGAGGUGCAAAAAGACAUCGAAAAGUACUCCGAGAUAAUAUUCAAGGAAUUACUAAACCUGCUAUUCGACGAUUAGCAAGAAGAGGUGGUGUUAAGAGAAUAAGUGGUUUAAUUUAUGAAGAAACACGUGGAGUACUGAAAGUAUUUCUUGAAAAUGUUAUUCGAGAUGCAGUUACAUAUACUGAACAUGCUAAAAGGAAAACUGUAACAGCAAUGGAUGUAGUUUAUGCAUUAAAACGCCAAGGCAGAACAUUAUAUGGUUUCGGCGGAUAAGUUAUUAAAAUUGUACAUCAAUUUUUUUUUAAAAAUUACAACCGGCCCUUUUUAGGGCCAU